CUUACUUCAGUUUUUGCUAUUAUAUACACUAUAAUUAUAUUUUUCAAGCAAUUAUGUUACAUAGAAUGGAGCAAAGAAGCACAAAUGCACUAGUAUGUAAAGCUUUGUUUUGGUUCACACACAUGUUGAGUUCUUGACCUAUGUUUGGUGGCGCAGAUAAAUUUACAAACGAGGUAGAAACUGCAUUUCCAAAAACCAAAUGUUUGGAGCCAAUGAGUGAAGCAUUUGGAUUCAAAACUCAAAUAGAGAAUUCAACAAGCAAUGUGAAAUUGGAAGUGAUUCAAGAGGCCAAAAACAAAGACAUGGGAACCCAGAUGACUCCAACGGGCAGCAACACCACCUCGCGGUGCCCAACACCGUUGAAAAGCUUGUCUCCGCCACGACAUAACACCCCGUUGUCAAUGAAGGACCAGAGCAACUCAUUUGACAUUAUUGAGUUAAAGGAGUGCCAUUUAGCUAAAAUACAACCAUGGACACCAUUUGAUUUGAAUACUUCAAAGUGGAGCUCAAGAGAAGAAGAAGAGGAGGAAAUAUCAAAAAGUUUGAGGCAUUUUGAGAUAAAAAAUGAAUGUUUGGAUAGCAUUUCAGGGCCUAGACCUUCUGCCUGGGAAGAAAAAGAUAUGUCUCCCCCGUGCAUAAGGUAUCAAAUUCAGGAAGCAAAAAUUCAAGCAUGGGUGAAACUCCAGAAGGCCAAAGCAGAAGAGCAGUCAAGAAAGCUUGAGGUAAAGAUUCAAAAAAUGAGAUCAAAACAUGAAGAGAAAAUGAUGAAAAAGAUGAUGCUAGUUCAUCGAAAAGCAGAGGAGUUGAGGGCAGCGGCUCAGCUCGAGCACACCGAGACGACUUCCAAAUCGAACAAGACGAUGAACCGCCACCCAAGUGUGCAUUUUUCGGGCCACCAGGGCUCCUGUGGUUGCUUGAUUGGUAAUUGAUCUAGAAAGAAUAAUAGGAUUAGUACACUAGAUUAGGGGGGUUAAUCUACAAUUUUUAAUUACAAAAAAAGUUUGACAUGACACAGAAUUGCUUUGGAUUCA